UGCAGCCUGUUCGUCAAAGACGAGUGAGUCGAUCGUCGACCCGAAGGACGAGAGAUAGAGACGAUGGUUGCCUUGUCUCUGGUAAUGUGCGCGGCCGCGGCAUCACUCCCACUCACUCUCCUAACCUCAUACGCUCUACAACCGCUCGCGGACGCACGCCGCGGCCUCCCGCCCGGCCCUAGGCCACUCCCGGUCAUCGGCAACCUGCUUGACAUCGGCGAGAGCCCUCACCGUUCCUGCGCCAGCCUAGCCGACAAACACGGUCCGCUCAUGUUCAUCCGUCUUGGCACCGUCCCCGCCGUUGUUGCCACCUCACCGGCGGCCGCCCGCGAGGUGCUGCAGAAAAAGAACGCCAGCCUGGCGGCUCGCCGGGGCCUGGACGCCUGGCGCAUCAUGGACCAUGACGCCAACUCCAUGAUCGCGCUCCCGCCGCGCAGCAAGUGGCGCGCCUUCAGGCAACACACAACGGCGGCGCUCCUCGGCGUUCGCCGGCUUGAAGAGGACCGGACCGUGCGGGAGGAGGAGGUACGCGAGCUGGUGCGCCGCCUGUCCGCGUCCGGCGGCGCCCCUGUGGCCGUUGCUCGCGCUUCGUUCGCGACCACGGUGGACGUGCUGUGCCGCGGGAUGUUCUCGCAGACACUGGACCCGGUGGUGGUGUCCGAGCUGACGGACGUGGCGAAAGAGGCGGCCGUGCUGUCUGGCAUGCCCAACGUGUCUGACUUCUUCCCGGCGCUCGCGAUGCUCGACCUCCAGGGUAUCCGGCGCAAGGCGGGGAAGCUGCUCGUGUGGCUGUACGCGCUCAUUGACGAGCAGAUCGAGCAGCGGAGGCUCCACCGGUCGGCCGGCCCCGGCCAGGCGCGCAUGAACGACCUGUUGGAUGUGUUGCUAGACAUGGACGGCGAGGUGCAGGACGAGGAGGACGGAUGGGUGAUGAACCAAGAGUCCAUCAGAGGUCUAUUCAUGGAAUUGCUCCUGGGCGCGACCUCAAUCUCAACCACGAUCGAGUGGGCGAUGGCAGAGCUGCUGCAACACCCACACUGCAUGCGCAAGCUUCAGGAGGAGCUCAGGAACGUCCUCGGCACCACCCAAAUGGAGGAGUCCGACAUCUCCAGGCUCCCGUACCUCCAAGCCGUCGUCAAAGAGACGCUACGGUUCCAUCCCCCCGUGCCAUUCGCGACCGGCCAAGCCGAGGCGGCGGUGGAGAUCCAUGGCUACAGCGUCCCCAAGGGCACGGCUGCUCUGGUGAACAUUUGGGGGAUAUGCAGAGACGCCGAGGUGUGGGAGGAACCCAACAGGUUCAUGCCGGAUAGGUUCUUGCACAAGGAGAUCGACUAUUUUGGGGCGGACUUUGAGCUCAUCUCCUUCAGCGCCGGGAGGCGGAUAUGUCCCGGACUGCAGCUUUCCAGCAGGAUGGUGCCGCUGAUGCUCGGCUCGAUGCUUUAUCACUUUGACUGGACGCUGUCGGAAGAGGGAGGUGAUCCUCGUGUAGAUAUGACCGAGAGGUUUGGGUUGGUAUUGUCCUUGGCCGUCCCGCUAUGUGCUAUACCUAAGAAAGUAUUCUAGUAUGCCAUGCAGUUUAUUUUCUCAACUUACAUACAAUUUACUGCGCUAGAUAUGCCAUAAAAUAAAGUAAAAAUGUUUGCCUAAUAAAAAAAUGUUGGAAUUUUGGCUAAAAUAGCCCCAACCCAUUUAACUAAGUCCACAAUUCAUGAACAUCUCAAAGCUCCAUUGGCCCAUUCAUGUAUGGCGAGACGUGUGACAAAUGUUUAGUCUCACCUUAGUAGUUUAGAGAGAGUUGAACCUCCUUAUAAGGGGGAUUGUUCCAUUUGCUGUACGAGUAUGAGAAGAAGACUACUACAUGGGCUCCUUCGCCGCUCGCCUCGCCACCCCACACCAUGUGUGUCACAGGUUGCGGGAAUGAGCCGAGUCAAUGUCUAUCUCAAAAAUUAUUUUGGUUGUUCGGCUUCGCUCGUUGCUUCUUCGAUUUACCUCCCGUCUCUUUGUCUCAUCUCCCAGCGUUGCCAGUUCGCCUCCUCUAUUGUGCCUAUAAAACAG